UUCAGACUGGAAGUGAAAGUUCAGUACCGAUGCAGGAGAAGCUUUGUUGUCAGCAGUGAAUUAGGGGUGUCCCAUGAUGCAAGGCACACCAUUUAUAUGAUUAACCCAUUAACAGUAGAGUUACUAUACUGUAAGAAAGAGACAGGGAGAAGCAAAAAGAGAGACAGAGUGAGAGACAGAGAGUGAGAGUGAAAGUGAGAGAGAGUGUGUGUGUUUGUGUGCAACUUGUGUACGAUCAUAAGUGAAGCUUGAGGAGAGAGUGUGACAGAUCAGCAGGAGAGUACACUGAGAUAGCAGCUCAUUGCUCACUCUCUACUCCUCCGGACUAAUCUGUGUUUACACCGAGGAAGAACAGCAACGGAGCACAUUAGAGCAAAUCUGACAGAUUCAUCAGGAUGUCAACAUACAACUGCUCUUUUAACCUACUAGCUGAAAAAGGUGGGUGGCUUUGUCCUCCGGGAGAAAAGUGCACCAAUCUCACCUUUGGCAUGAAUGGGAGCCACAUUGAUCUGGAUGAUGCAUGUUUGACAGAGGAAGAGUAUCUGGAGAAAUACCUGGGUCCUCGUCGAUCACCUGUGUUCCUCCCUGUCUGUCAUAUCUACCUGAUCAUCUUCAUGGUAGGAGUGGUGGGGAAUGUGCUGACAUGCACUGUCAUUGCACGCAACAAAGUGAUGUGGACACCAACAAACUACUACCUAUUCAGUCUAGCAGUGUCAGACCUGCUGGUGCUGCUGCUCGGCAUGCCACUGGAGCUGUAUGAGCUGUGGCAGAACUACCCCUUUCUCCUUGGGAAAGGAGGCUGCUACUUUAAAACCUUCCUAUUUGAGACAGUCUGCUUAGCGUCCAUCCUCAACGUGACAGCGCUGAGCGUCGAGCGCUACAUUGCUGUGGUGCACCCACUGCGAGCAAAGUAUGUUGUGACACGCGCCCAUGCCAAACGGGUCAUUCUCACAGUGUGGGGUGUGUCUGUGUUGUGUGCUGUACCCAACACAAGUCUGCAUGGGAUCAUCAUGCUUCACAGGCAUUCCAAAGGCCCUGCUGGGAACAUGACUGUGGAGAUCCCAGACUCUGCAAUCUGUACACUGGUGAAACCACGCUGGAUGUACAAUCUCAUCAUCCAGGUGACCACUUUGCUAUUUUUCAUUCUGCCCAUGCUCACCAUCAGUGUCCUCUACAUGCUAAUCGGGCUGCAGCUGAAACGUGAGAAGAUGUGUCAGGAACUGGAGGCAAAGUCAGGCUCUGGACAAGACAGCUUCUGUAAUGUCCGUACACAGCAGCAGAAGGUCCGCCGCAGGCAGGUCACUAAGAUGCUAUUUGCUUUAGUGGUGGUUUUUGGAAUCUGCUGGGCCCCGUUUCACACUGACCGCCUCAUGUGGAGUUUCAUCAAUGACUGGACUGAUAGCCACCUGGAAAUCUUCAAAUAUGUGCACAUCAUCUCUGGAGUGUUUUUCUACCUCAGCUCAGCAGUAAACCCAAUCCUGUACAACCUCAUGUCCACCCGAUUCAGAGAAAUGUUCAAGGAGGUCAUGUGCCAUGGGCAACAUCACGUCACUCCCAGAAAACACUCACUUAGUGUCACCCGGGUGACGCUGCGCAGCACCCUGAGUGAUGCACCGCUCAGUAAUGGAACUGCUGUUGUUGAAGCCGAGGCUGAAGAUGGAGAAGUGAGGACAAAAGAUGAGACAAGUUUCUCAUUUUAAAAAUUUACGGGGAAUAUUGGGAGGUGAGGGGGUGGGGAGACUUCAACCCUGCCAAAGAAAGUAAAAACAACAGUUGUUGUUACAUCAAUUACAAGCUGAUUUUUUUAUCAUUUCAUAAUUUUAAUUCACAGCCUGAAGAAGCAUCUAAUAUAUCACUCACCCCUAAAAUGGAUCAUACCAUUUCUACUCCCACUGCUUGUAGUGAGUGAUAGCAGCACCCAGUCACUUCAUAGUGACUUAUGAUUCACAUAGGUAAUUAUAGAUUAUAGAUGUUUAUUUAAUUUGAAAUCCUAGAUCUCAAAUUCUUUUACCAUUUGUUUAGCAGUUAUUUUCUGGAAAUAGUUUCGAUUUUAUGUUGUUUUUUAUUAAACACUUUCAGCCUCGGUGACUUUCGAGUCCUGUGCACAUUGAUAAUCAGGUGUUCAUGGUCUUAUUGUAUGAGACCAUAUGAGACAACUGAGAAUGUCCGCUUCAGUUUACUAGCAUGGAUAAUAACAAAACUGCAUUGUACAAAAGUGAUUUAGAUAAAAACAUUUUUGUAAAGGCAAAGUUGGGAAAAUAAUGCAUGUUAUUAUGAUGGCAGUACAGUUUAUAACUUGUUUUUGACAAACUGAGACAAACCAGAUGGACCAAUGAAUACAUAUUUUUCUCCCCAACAAGAAGAGGUUGGAAAGUCUUUCAUAUAUACAUAUACAUAUAUAUUCUAAUGUGAAAAUAUGUGAAACAUUAUGACAGGGUCUUGGCAUGAGAUUGCAUGUGUAAUAAUAAAGACAAAAAGUUAGAGCAUCUACAUAAACUAGACAGGUAGCUUAAAAACUGUAAAAAAUAGAUCAAAACAGAUGGAUGGAUAUAAAAUGAUAUAAAAGUGAAUGUUUUAUUACAGUCUGUCAUGUAGGAGUAAACCACAUUUUAGGUACCUAUAUUCAGUUAGUGGUGUAGUACAGUAUAGAUUCAGAAAUCACUUUGUUCAGAUAACACACAUGCAUGCUUUUGUGUUGAAGUAAAAUAAAGUGUUGCAUGAGCUUUAAAUGAUGCAAGAAACAAUCUUUUUAAAUGCUUUCCAGUGAUUAUUACAACCUUCGAAAAGGAAAAUUUGAACUUAGCUUAAUGUCUUUAUAUAAGCUAAAAGGAACCAAAAUGUCACACUAACAUGACCAUAAGUAUAAAGCUCACAAGUAUAUCCUAGUGUCUGCACUGUUCAUCACAACCAGUAACACAUCACAAACAAUAGAUGAGUUGUGUAUAUAGCUAAUGGCAUAGUGAUGAUUUGCUUAUUUAAAAAAGUACAGCUGAUUUGUUGUGAACUUUUACCUACAGUAACUAUAGUUAAAAAAUAUUGAUGUAUUUGUAAUAAUCUACAGUAAUAUUGUCAGUACAGUGCAACAUACAGUAGUAUCAUCAGUCACAAGGGUUUUUUUUUUUUUAUUGUAGAGUACAUUUACUUUUGAUAGUUUAACUGUAAUUUACUAUUCUUCUGUACUUUUACUAAGCAGAACUGUGAAUGCAGCAUUUUUACUUGUGUUUUUAUGUUGUGGUAUUGGUACUUUACUCAAGUAAAAGAUGUGAGAACAUCUUCAACCACUGCACUGCAUGUCAUAAUGAUAAUGUUUUUGCUCAAAAAUAUGGCUGUACAGUGACAUGUCAUUUGGUCCUAAACCUGCCAUGUUUUGUGGACUGUUUGCCAAAGUACUGGAAAAACCGGGGGCAAAGAGCUUAAGGAUUUGAGGAUGGGCUGAUGUAUUGCAGGAGGCACAGACAAUGAGUUCUUCUCUCUGGUGUAAACCCAGGUGAAGCACAGUGAAUCAAAAAGUACAUGCUUGCAGCAAUGCCCUGGGUAACUGUGGCAGAAUUUGAACAGCAACAUUCUGAAAAUACUAAUGAGUCACAGUAGGGCUUUGCACUGGAAAAACAGAAGAAAAGUGGCACCACAGGAAAAAUCACAGAGGAGAGAAGGGAAAUUUCUACAAAUACCCUCAGCGCCUGAUUUCCCACAACUGCGGCAGAGAUUAAACAUCAGGAGAAAGCAGUUGUAAAAUGUGUGGCCCUGCUGUCAGCAUGGCAGCUGUUAGUCAUCUGAAAUGUUGUUGGCUUUAAGAACAUGUCUGAGGAGAGAAAUGAUGUUUGUAAAUCACAACACUCGCCAGAGGAGAAUGGGAAGGACUUGCACAAGCUUUCAUUUCAAACCAUGCUUAAGCUACUGAACAAAUAAAAGAUGAUUUGACUGGCAGAAGACUAUGUGAUUGCAGUUACAAAAUGUGUUUGUUGAUUUCUUUAGCAGUGUUAACGUUAUAUUGCAGUACACACACUCUUUUCUACUAUCACUCUCAGUCCACCUGUGUGCGGCAGGUUUAGUAAAUAUCCCCUGCUGUAUGUCUUUAGCUGCAUUCAGAUGAGACUAACAUUGCAGGGGGAGGUGAGUAAUAAACCCUACACAUUCAAGGACAUCAUUAUUUUCAGUAAAUAAAAGCACAGUAUACAGCAAAUGUGUAAAAACACUGACCCUCUACACCUACUUAGACAAGGGCAUUUGGUUCUGGUGUUAAUACCGAAUAAAUCAAAUAAUUUCUCUACACUUGAAGCUCUCCUCUAAUUAGAGUGAUGACCCUCAGCAGAACCUCUCAUGCUGCAUUUAAUGUUCUUUUUAUUCACAUGUCCCCAUUGAAAGCUAAAGAAUUGAAAAGUAUUUUGUAAAUGGUAAGAGCAUACAUGACUAUAUAAUAUUCAAUAAGGAGGAGACAUCUUCAGGAGCCUGGUGUACCUAAACAGAUGUCUGUUUCUUGGAUAUCAGCUGAAAAAGUAAUGCACAAUCCACAUUGGCCUUCUCUUAUUUUGUGGCUGCUAUUAAUCACUGUGGUUGUGGGUUUGAAGCACUAAUCAUGGCCAUAUAUAGCAGUCACAGUAAAGUUAGUCCUAUCCAGGAAUGAAUAUGAAGCCUAGCCAGAAAAUAUAAAUGUUACAGUACACAAAAUCAGACCUUAUUAAGAAGUAAUAAGGCUGACAUAAAACCAAAAAAAGACCAUUUGCACUCAAGGACAUCAUUAAUUUCUGCAAAUAAAAGCACUGUACUCAGUAACAGUGUAAAAACAUUGACCCUUUA